UGUGUCUGCGUCGAAGGGACGCGGCUGACCGGUGGCCCUCCAGUCUCUCCGCCGCGCCCCAACCGCUCCAGCCGGGCAGGUGCGCUCCCCUCUGCGCCCGCCGCCCGCUCGCAGCCCAAGAGCCCGCCGGCUCCUCGGAGUCGCACCGCCGCUGCAGGUAGCAGGAUGGAGUCGCGCGGUGUCCGCGCGCUUCUGCGGCUCGGCCUGGGUUUUCAUCUUCUACAAGUGGUGCUCAGUACAACUGUGGUCCCUUCAUGUGCCCCCGGAGAAUCUGGAGACAACUGCACAGCUUCAGAUCAGACAAGAAACAUUCCACGUGUGGCUCAGGUGUUGAAAAUAAAGUGUAGCUCCGACCUGAAUGGCUACUGUUUGCACGGAGAGUGCAUCUACCUGGUGGACAUGAGCGAAAAACACUGCAGGUGCUAUUCGGGUUACACCGGCAGCCGAUGCGAGCACUUCUUCUUAACCGUCCAGCAGCCUUUGAGCGAAGAAUACGUGGCUCUGACUGUGAUUCUUACCACCUUCUUUCUUCUCUUACUCACCGGUUCCAUAUACUACUUCUGGAAGUGGUGCAGAAAUCGAAAAAGUGAAAAAUUAAGGAAGGAAUAUGAAAGGGUGACCUCAGGGGACCUGGCGCUGCCUCAAGUCUGAACGGUGCCACCCCGCGCAUGGGCCGGGCUGUGCAGCACGCCUGUUGGUGUUAAUAUUCCUAUUUUAUUAAUAAUAUUUAUGUUUGGACAUGUGCUGUUGACAAUGGCAUAUUUUAGUAUACUUAGACACAUUUUUACUUUUGUUUUAUUUUUGACAUACUACUUGUAUACGAUUCACAAACAAAUAUAGCAAGAAAAUUAAUAUAUAUUUCUUCCUGGGCUAAAUGCUUCGUUGAAAGCUCCGAAGCUUCUUUGCCUGCUGCAAAUAACUUGCUCAGGAAGUACUGGCAAAUGGUGGACUUCUGUAAGCCCAAAUACACGGUCAAAUUAAUUUAAUAAAUAUAUUUUUCUACUCCUCAAAGCAAUGAUCAUUGGUGUGAUGAUGCCGUAGUCUGGUGUAUAUGUUGACACCACUGUGUCACGUGUUGAAACAUUUGAUACAAUGGGAAUUGGGGGGAAGCAAAUGUGAGUCAUGUGCUAUACGUUACCCCUUUGAAACAAACUAAGCUGGGAAAGCUCUGCCCCCUCUUGGCUCCUCGCCAGCUGUACCUCUGUUCAUGUCCCUAGAAGGGAAGUGGACAAUUCUGUAGGGCAACCCACAACUCCUGUGGGUCCUAGUCACCCAUCUAACAGAUUCUCCUUAAGUGAAAUGCACUGAGAGCUUAAUUUUAUAUUAUCUUUUAUACAAAUAGUGGUUAUUUUAAACCCUUACAAUACUCCUUUUUGUACAGCAUUUAUGUGAGGUAACUGUUGCCUGUGAGAUAAUUAAAAAGAAGUCCAUACUGAAAACCAAAAUUUGUGCUUUUUUAAAAUUUAUUUUCAUUGAGACUUGGCUUGAAUAAUUCCAAGAUUAACUCCAGUCCAAAAUUUGCUGGAUUAACUACAGUCCAAAAUUUGAUGGACUAAUCAUUAUUUUAAAGCAUAAGACAAUAGUCAUAUAUAUAUAUCAUCCAAAGACAUAAAUGCAGUUAUUUUCUACAUAAGAGGUUUUAAAUUUGAAUAAAAGUCAGUAAGUUGAUUUUUGUAGACUUUAAAAUUACACAUUUAAAAUUAUAUCUUGAUGCUAGAUGUGGGAAAAUAAGAAAAAGUAAAUCACAAUAUAUUUUAUAAAGUGAACAAACUUAUUUGAAAGCUUUUCCAAUUUAGACUUAAUCAUUCAUCCUUAUUGUGGAGGCUGAGAUGAAACCAGGCCCUAUUUUUUUUGUCUUUUGUUUAUUUUUUGUCAGAGACUAAAGCUUCUCCUGCACUCUGGGCCUGUGGUCUCAGAGAGUUAAUAAGGGUACCCGGGGCAACUGCAUAAGGAGCCACAGCUGCCACCAGCAUGGAUCUCCUG